GGCGAGAUAGUUGCCGGGAGAGGGGUGGUUGUUGUGAACGAGUCGUAAACAAUCUGCGCGUCUGGUCUGUCUGUCUUUUUAUCGUUACAAACUCCAAAUCUGUUUUCUUUUCUCACUCUGAUCUCGACGUGUAAAUGUGCGUCUGCCGGAGGAUGACGUAGCCGGAUCAUUUAUCCGGCAACAAGGACAACAGCAAACCUGAGCGGAGCGACCUAUAAUGCGCCUCGACGGUGGGGCGAGUCUGGAUCCAUACCGAGCGGAAGACUCGUUUCCGGGAUGGAAACCAUCCGGUCGCGUCUGAAGCUUGUCAAGCAGGCGGAGCCCGUCAGACUGAGGAGACGGACUUCUCAGCUGUACAGCAGAGAAGAUGCCCGUCACCUCGGCACCGGGGUUUGGAGAGUCGCCUUGUGUUCUGUGGCAUUUCGACUCGCCAACUGCUUCCUGGUGCAGACCAGUUUUGUCCCUGACGAGUACUGGCAGUCCCUUGAAGUUGCCCAUCACAUGGUUUUCAAGUAUGGGCAUCUGACCUGGGAAUGGAAGGCAGGAAUAAGAGGAUUCUCCUACCCACUCGUCUUUGCAUUUAUGUACAAGAUAUUAGCCUUAAUGAACUGUGACUCCGUUUAUCUCUUGAUUUGGCUUCCACGAAUAACUCAAGCACUGCUGGCUGCGUUUGCAGACGUGAAACUCUUCUACCUCGUCCAAACACUGGAAAAUUCCCACGUGUCAAAAUGGACGUUUUUCUGCCAGUUGUGUUCCUGGUUCACUUGGUACUGCUGCACCCGGACUCUGACGAACUCCAUGGAGGCCACGCUCACCACGCUGGCUCUGUUUUAUUACCCGCUGCCCGGCUCCACGACACAUAGCAGUAAAAAAUAUUUGACCCUGGUUGCCUUGGCAGUCAUUGUUCGCCCAACAGCCUUGAUUGUUUGGUUUCCUCUCUUGAUCCAUCACUUUUGGCAGGAAGAUAACAAGCUGAGAUUCAUAACCCACCAUGUUAUCCCAGUCGGGGCUUUGACGCUCAUGAGUUCAACAUUAAUCGAUUGUUUAUUCUACAACAAGUGGACCCUGGUGCAGUUCAACUUCCUUAAGUUGAACGUCUUACACGGCGUGGCUGAUUUCUACGGGUCUCACCCCUGGCACUGGUACCUCACCCAAGGCUUCCCAGCCGUGAUUGGUCCUCAUCUUCCGCUCUUCCUUCACGGCUGCACCCUGGCUUCAAAACGAUACAGAGUGCUGUUGGUCGCGGUGGUGUGGACGGUGUUAGUCUACAGUUGCCUGCCUCACAAGGAGUUCAGGUUCAUCUACCCCGUGUUGCCUAUUUGUAUGCUGUUUUCUGGGAUCUCCUUGGCGAAGCUGAAAACGUGGAGACGAGUGGCUGCGUACGGUCUGCUGGGGACCAACCUGUUAGCUGCUCUGUACACGGGGCUGAUCCACCAGCGAGGCGCUCUGGACGUCACCGGCCGCCUCCAGAUGCUGUGCGACACCGCCAUCGCCUCCGCCGCCCCACAGCCCGACCUGCUCUUCCUCAUGCCCUGUCACUCCACUCCUUUCUACAGCCACGUCCACUGCCCGAUAAAGAUGAGGUUCCUGGAAUGUCCCCCGGAUCUCGGAGACGAGGGCUACUCCGACGAGGCGGAGCAGUUCUUCGCCGAGCCUCUCCGCUGGCUCGGCCUCUCGUUCCCAUCCCGGUCCUCUCUGCCCACACACCUGGUGCUAUUCGACAGCCUGGAAAAGGAAAUAUCUCCGUUCCUGGAGGGAAAUAAAUUUGUGAGAACAGCGACGAUAUUUCAUACUCAUUUUCCCGAGGGAAGAGUCGGAGGGUACAUCUUGAUUUAUGAAAGACACCCAGAAACUGACAGAACACACUAUUCUGAUCCUUAAUUA